CCUGAGCCGGCCGACGACAGUCGCUCUCGUGCGCUCGAUCAAGACGCUAGUUCGUCGCCGUUCGGGAAACGCGACACGUCACCAACUUUCGAAAUCGUAAAAACUUUCCAAGCAAAACGAACUAUCAACUGAAUCGGUCAAACCAACUCAACCGAGAAUUCCAAGAUUUGAUCAAACGUUAAAAAUAAAUUCAUAAAUUGAUUAAAUUAUUAUUAAUUUACUUUAGAACCAGUGCGUGUGAACCAGUGCUGUGGUGUACGGUGUUGAUGUGGUUUAUAGUGAACUGAAGAUGCGGGGCGCCGAGGAGGCGUUCUGGCUGCUGGCGGUGACAGCGCUGCUGGCAGCGGUCGCCGCUCAGACAGACACGAGGCGAUUAUCAGGCGACACAAUAUGUCCCACUGGCAUGUUCCGGUGCCCGGAGGGCAAGUGCAUACCUGCCCUAAUGGUGUGCAACUAUCAGCGAGAUUGCGAGAAAGGAGAAGAUGAAUUCCAGUCGUGUCCGCCUCCAGAGUGUGAAGCGGGUCAGCUAACAUGCGGUCAGUACGUGUGGAACAAGACGUAUUGCAUCCCGCCGCACUACCGCUGCGAUAUGCACGUCGACUGCGUGGACGGCACUGACGAGGCGGACUGCAUUUACCGCAAGUGUCAAACUGAUGACUUUCAGUGCGGCAUGGAGGGCGCCGGAUCGGGCAAGAUUUCGACACAGGGUCCUUGUAUACCAAAGGAGAAGAAAUGUGACGGGUACUUAGACUGUAGAACAGGUAAAGAUGAACAAGAUUGUCCGGGACAAACAAUUGCCUGUCGCUUGGACCAGUACAGAUGUGCGGCCGGAGACAAAUGCAUAGACUCGUCCUCUAAAUGUGACCACAGAGACGACUGCGGUGAUAACUCUGACGAAACAAACUGCAGUUUUCCGCAUUGCCACGUCGGCCAGUUCCGGUGCAGCAAUGCGCUUUGCAUUCCGAGCAGCUACCACUGUGACGGGUACAACGACUGCGCAGACGGAUCCGAUGAGGCCAACUGUACCUCCAUCGCCUGCCCCGACAACAAGUACCUCUGUCCUCAGGGGGGACCGGGAGGCUUACACAAAUGUAUAUCGAGGUCUCAACUCUGCGACGGUAAACGAGACUGCGAAGAUAAUGCGGAUGAGGAAAACGCUUGCUCGACACUAUCGUGCCCGGCGCUGGACUGCGAGUACAAGUGCGUGGCGUCGCCCAACGGCGGCGCGUGCGCCUGCGCCGGCGGCCUCGCGCUGGCCGCCGACAACCGCACGUGCGUGGACCGCGACGAGUGCCGCGAGUGGGGCCCGUGCCACCAGCUGUGCAUCAACACGCCGGGCUCGUACACGUGCGCGUGCGCGCCGGGCUACGCGCUGGGCGAGGGCGGGCGCUGCGCGGCGCGCGCGGAGGGCGCGUGGCUGGCGCUGGCGCACGAGCGCGGCGCGCUGCGCCUCGACCUGCUGGGCCGCGCGCCCGCGCCGCUCGCCAACGCCUCGGCCGCCGCCGGCCUCGACUACCACUACCGCCGCAACCUGCUCUUCUGGUCCGACCUCAAGACCCGGAAGAUCCACUCGCAGCCGCUGAACGCGCCGGCCGGCGUCGGCUCCUACGGCGGCGUCGACAUCUCCGUGGCGGGCUCGUGGGCGCCGGUCGCGCUGGCCGUGGACUGGGUGGGAGACAAGCUGUACGUGGCGGACGCGAUCGGCCAGAAGAUCGACGUGUUCGAGCUGGACGGGCGCUGGCACGCCGUGGUGCUGGGCUCCAACCUCACCAACCCCGCCGACAUCGCGCUGGAUCCCACUCUCGGGUUGAUGUUCGUCGCCGACAGCAGCCAGAUUAUCCGAGCGAAUAUGGACGGAACCCACUCCAAGUCGAUAGUUUCCGAGACGACGUACAAGGCGUCCGGCAUAGCGGUCGAUACGAUCGCCAGGCGUAUAUUUUGGUGCGACUCAUUAUUAGAUUAUAUCGAGACCGUCGAUUACGACGGUAACUACCGUUUCUUGGUCUUGAGAGGUCAGCAAGUCCCGAGUCCGUCGAGAUUGGCUCUGUUUGAAGAUAGAGUCUACUGGUCGGAUAGCACUAAACAGGGAAUUAGCUCCGUUAAUAAGUACGAAGGAUCGACGAGUAUACAGGCGAUAUACAAAACGAAAGAUAUAAGAGAACCUAAGGCGUUAACGAUUGUACAUUCACUGAAGCAGACGUCCGUCAACAAUCCAUGCGGCAAUAACAACGGGGGCUGCUCUCAGAUGUGCAUAGUGACAGCGCUUCAGAACGGAGGAUUGGGCUACCGAUGCGCUUGCAACAUUGGCUACCAAUUACAGGCUGAUUUAAGGAAUUGCGAUAUAGUCAAAGACUUCCUUAUGUAUUCGCAACAACGAUUCAUCAAGGGAAAGGUCAUAGACCCGGUCAUCGAAGGUUUUAGUGAAGCCAUUUUACCCGUCGUAUCAAGGAGAGCAAGGUUCGUAGGCUUAGACUUCGAUGCGCGAGAUGAGCACAUUUAUUAUUCUGACGUUCUGCAGGACGUUAUCUACAGGAUACAUAGAAACGGAACGACGAAAGAAAUCGUUUUGGCGUCGCAAAAUGAAGGCGUCGAAGGUUUGGCCGUCGAUUGGGCCUCCAAGAAUUUGUACUACAUUGAUUCUAGAAAGGGGACGUUAAACGUUUUAUCCACGAGAAAUAUAGCAUACAAAAGGAUACUAUUGAAAGACCUGAAGAGACCCAGAGCUAUUGUGGUUCAUCCGAAUAAGGGAUAUAUUUUCUUCUCGGAAUGGGAUCGUCCAGCAAACAUCAGUCGAGCUAAUACCGAUGGCAGCGGUCUCUUGGUCUUUGAAAAUUUGACCCUGGGAUGGCCAAAUGGAUUGUCUAUUGAUUUUGAUGCAAACCGAGUCUACUGGUGCGACGCUCUGCUAGAUCACGUGCAACACGCUAAAUUAGACGGCACCGAUGUGAAGACAGUCAAUUCGAAAUUGAUUAGGCAUCCAUUCUCGAUCGUCAUCUAUAAGACUUUCAUUUACAUAACUGAUUGGAGAUUGGAUGCUAUUGUUCGCUUGCACAAAUUGACAGGCGAACAGGAGGACGUCAUGGUUAGGGAGCCACGAAUGAAUAGGCUCUAUGGCGUCAAAGUAUACAGUGAGGAGAUUCAAAAGAUUGAACCGAUGCAGCCCUGCGCGAGAAACAAUGGCAACUGUCAAAAGUUCUGCUUCGCUAUUCCUAGGAACAACACGGAAUUGUUAACUGUCAAGUGUGGAUGUCCUUACGGCGAAAAGUUAGCGCCGGAUGAAACUAGUUGCAUAGCGGAUCCGAACUCGGAGCCACCGGUUCAGGCCUGUCCUAACACCUGGGACUUUACUUGCAAUAAUCAAAGAUGCAUCCCGAAGAGUUGGGUGUGCGACGGCGACGACGACUGCUUGGAUAACAGCGACGAGGAACAGAAUUGCACCAAAAUGACGUGCAGCUCGACAGAGUUCAUGUGCAAGUCGGGCCGUUGUAUCCCCGCCACUUUUAAAUGCGAUUCCGAGAACGACUGCGGCGACUAUUCGGACGAGACGGGCUGCGUCAACGUGACGUGCAGCUCGUCGCAGUUCCAGUGCGGGAACGGCCGCUGCGUGCCCAACACCUGGAAGUGUGAUUCGGAGAACGACUGCGGCGACGGCUCCGACGAGGGCUCCCAUUGCGCUGACAAAACCUGUGCCUACUUCCAGUUCACGUGUCCGCGCACCGGCCACUGCAUCCCCGCGUCCUGGGUGUGCGACGGCGACGACGACUGCUUCGACAAGCAGGACGAGGCCGACUGCCCGCCCGUGUCCUGCCUCGCGUCGCAGUUCAAGUGUGCCGACCUCAAGCAAUGCGUUCAGGAGGCGUACAAGUGCGACGGCAUCCCCGACUGCAACGACGGCUCCGACGAGGCGGGCUGCCCGUCGCUGGCGCCGCACCAGUGCGCCGCCGACCGCCAGUUCCAGUGCGCGGCGUCCGGCCUGUGCAUCCCGCGCACGUGGUACUGCGACGGCACGCCGGACUGCGAGGACGUGUCGGACGAGCCGGCCGAGUGCGGCGCGGCGGCGUGCGGCGCGGGCCACUUCCGCUGCGACAACGCGCGCUGCGUGUUCCGCGCCGCCGUGUGCGACGGCCGCGACGACUGCGGCGACGGCUCCGACGAGGGCCUGCGCCACGCUUGCGAGCCGCCGCCCUUCAGGUGUCCGUCGGGACAGUGGCAAUGCCCGGGCGUCACCGACCGCUGCGUGAACAUAACCCAGGUGUGCGACACCAACUUCGACUGUCCGAACGGCGCCGACGAGGGGCCGGCGUGCGACUUCGCGACGUGCGCGCACGGCAGGUCGUGCCCGAGCGAGUGCCGGCCGACGCCCGCCGGGCCGCUGUGCGUGUGCCCGACGGGCGAGCGGGUGAGCGCCGACGGGCUGACGUGCGAGGACGAGGACGAGUGCGACCCGCCGGGCCUGUGCUCGCAGAUCUGCACCAACACGAAGCGCUCGUACGCCUGCGGCUGCGUGGACGGGUACCGCCUCAACGCGGACAAGCACGGCUGCAAGGCCGACAACCACUCGAGCGCCUUCCUGAUCAUCUCCAACAGGCACUCGAUACUGGUGGCCGACUUGAACGAGCAGGGCCUCGAGAGGGUGCCGAUAAACGUCGAGAAUGUCGUCGCAACCGCAUCCAACAUGCACACUGGAACCAUAUUCUGGUCGGACAUGAAGCUGAAGAAGAUAUCUCGUCUGGAUCGCGGCGGCGAACCUCAGGUUAUCGUUUCGACCGGAUUGGAUUUGGUGGAGGGAUUGGCUUACGACUGGGUGGCCGGGAAUGUUUACUGGCUGGACAGCAAGCUGAACACUAUCGAGGUGGCGAGGGAGGACGGGAGCGCCAGGACGGCUCUGUUGAGCGGUAACAUCACGCAACCGAGAGGGAUGUGUCUGGACCCAGCGCCCAACGCGAGAUGGCUGUUCUGGACCGACUGGGGAGAGAACCCUCGAAUCGAAAGAGUCGGAAUGGAUGGAACUCAACGCAUGGCUAUCAUUACAACAAAAAUAUACUGGCCCAACGGUUUAACACUAGACACCGCCACGCAACGGGUGUAUUUCGCGGAUUCGAAGCUGGACUUCAUCGAUUUCUGCUAUUAUAACGGUUCAGGUCGCCAACAAGUCUUAGCUGGCAGUCAUUACUUAUUACAUCCGCAUUCGCUGACUCUAUUUGAAGAUACAUUGUACUGGACGGACCGACAGUUGAACAGGGUCCUAUCGGCUCAUAAGUUUAAAGGAACGAAUCAAACUGUGGUGUCUCAUUUAAUAUCUCAACCUCUGUCCAUUCACGUCCACCAUCCAUCGUUACAACCACAAUAUCCGUCACCGUGUAAGAAGGAUACAUGUCAGCACCUCUGUUUAUUGAGCCCGAACAAUACGACUGGGUACAGCUGUAUGUGCAAGCCAGGAUAUAAAUUGUUGCCUGACGGAAAGUGCAUUGAAGAGGAAAAUGCUUACCUCAUGGUUUUGAAAGGAUCGCAAAUCAUAGAUCUGUCAACAGAUGGUUCAGGAAGAGCUGGACAGUUACCUCCCGUUGUUGGAAUCCAAGGCGGCGUACAACUGGACUAUGAUCGCCAAGGUCAUUUGCUUUACUGGCUUCAGUCUAUAUCUGGUGAUAGCGAAGAUGAUGAGAACUGUACGAUCUAUACUAUGCCGUAUGGGGGUGGUAAUAAAGUGGAAUUCCUUGGCCAAGAUACUGGUAUAGUCGGAUCUCCUUCUGCUAUUGCUUUCGAUUGGCUAGGACGCAAUUUAUUCAUGGUAAAUAAAGCUGCAAGUAAUAUUGAAUUGGUUCGAGUCGAUGGCAAAGUAAAAUUCAGGACCGUAGUAUUUGCCAAUGAUGGUAGUAGGAUGUCGAUAGCAAAACCAAAAGGAUUGUGCUUGGAUCCGACCGAAGGAAAAAUCUACUGGGCUGACGAUGGAGGAUUUGGAGUGCCUGCUAAGAUCGGUAAAGUUAACAUGGAUGGGAGUAACCCGGUUAUCCUUGUAGACACCAUCGAAAGACCAGAAGCUGUUGCAAUCGACAUUGAGAAGAAAAUCGUGUAUUUCAGCACCCAAUACCCUGCUAGCAUAAACAGUGUUAAUACGGAAGGAAAUGAUCGGAAGACAAUUUUAACAGAAGCUAACGCUAUCUCAUAUCCAAAAGUGAUAGCGGUCCUGGAUUCGCGUUUGUAUGUAUUAGACACGCGACACGAAAAAAUUUUCAAAGCCGAUCUUCCGAACGGAGACAACAUUAAAGUCAUAUUAGAUAACGAAAGCGAUUUAAAAUCUUUAACUAUAUUCCAGAAGAGGAAGAUGAUGCAUCAUCCUUGUUCUCAAAAUAAUGGAGGAUGUGAACAGAUAUGCAUUCCGAGUGAAGGGGGAUCGAGAGUUUGCGCUUGCUCUGUAGGGUACAGGAAAGAAAAUGAAAUUAACUGUGUGCCGUACAAAACGUUUGCUGUCGUGUCUCAAUUAGACCUCAUUCGAGGUUAUAGUCUCGACAGUAGUGCAGAAGCCAUGGUCCCAGUCACAGGACAAGGGCAUCACAUACUUCACGUUGACGUUCAUUUCGCGGAAAAUUAUAUAUACUGGGUGGAGUUCAACCGAGGUCAAUGGAAUGGUAUAUUCCGUAUCAGACCUAAUGGGUCCGAGAUUGAACAUAUUGUGAAGGAAGGUAUCGGUAGCAAUGGUAUUCGAGGAUUAGCCGUGGAUUGGGUGGCCGGCAACUUAUACUUUACGAAUGUAUUUCCACACGAGAAUUAUGUAGAAAUGUCUUGGCUUGAUGGUUCAAACAGAAAAGUUCUAGUUAAAACUACCAUGGACGCUCCAAGGGAACUUGCUGUAAACCCUCUGAAAAAACUUCUCUAUUGGAUAGAUUACGGUCAGUAUCCGAGAAUCGGAAAAAGUUAUCUAGACGGCAGUAACUGGCAGACUAUUGUUAGUUCAGGGAUCUCGAACCCACGAGACUUAACAAUAGAUAUGUUGACUCAUGACGUAUAUUGGGUAGACUCAAAACUCGAUCAAAUACAAAAAAUCUCUUACAGCGGUGGCAGUAGACAACUUAUUCGGUCAAAUUUACCCAAUCCAAUGGGUAUUGCUAUCCACACUGGAAGUGUGUAUUGGGUGGACAGGAACUUGCAAACGAUUUAUAAAGCAUCCAAACUUCCGGGUAAUAUGUCAAUGCCAGAAAAAUUACGCACUAAUCUACCUAAACUGAGAGAUAUCGUCAUAUUUGAUAUCAACAAUCAACCAACUGAUGAAAACAAUCCUUGCAGAAAGCUCGGGAAUGGAGGUUGCGAACAACUUUGCUUCAGCUAUCCUCCAGAAGCUAACAAAGGCUACACCCACCGAUGUGAAUGUGCAACAGGCCAAGUGUCAGUCAACAAUCCCAAAAAAUGCGAAGUUGUCGAUGAAUAUUUAGUAUUUACAACCAGAACUGAAAUUCGCGCCGUCAACUUGGAUCCAAAAUCUACAGGAGUACCAUUUAAACCUAUUGGAAAUCUCACAAAUGUAGUCGGUGUUGAUUUUGACUACGCAGACAAUAAACUAUUCUUCACACAAAUAAGACCCUGGGCGAGAAUCGCUUGGAUGUCGGCGAAUAAUCCCGACCCAUCAGGUAUUCAAAACAUUAUAAAUAAAAAUAUUAACCCGGAAGGUAUAUCAUACGACUGGACACAAAAGAAAGUAUAUUGGACAGAUAGUUCCAAUAAUUCUAUUUACGCUAUGAACUUAGAUGGUACUGAGUUGGUAAUGAUAGCAAGAGUCGAACGCCCUAGAGCUAUCGUCGUUGAUCCCUGUAAUGGAACUCUGUACUAUACAGAUUGGGGUCGAUUUGGAACAUCCGGUAAAAUUUAUAGGACUACGAUGGCUGGUUCCCUUAAAAAGGCUAUAAUAGAUAAAGACCUUUCGCAACCUAGUGGACUUACUAUUGAUUUCGACGAGAAUAUGCUGUACUGGACCGAUGCUGUUCGUGAAAAAAUAGAACGCUCGAAGUUAGAUGGAUCAGAUCGAGAAGUUUUAAUAUCUGCCACAAUAUAUCCGUUCGCAAUAACAGUGUUUGGUAACUAUAUUUAUUGGACAGAUCUUCAACUGCGAGGGGUAUAUAGAGCUGAAAAACAUACUGGUGCUAAUAUGGUCGAAAUGGUUAAACGUUUAGAAGAUUCACCGCGAGACAUUCACAUUUACAGUACCAGUAGACAGAAAUGCCAGAAGAACUUAUGUAAAAUAAAUAAUGGAGGGUGUGCACAAAGCUGUCAUCCAGCUCCUAAUAAUUCAGUCGAAUGUAAAUGCGACGAUAACACAAAGUUGGUAAACGAAGGAAGAAUGUGUGUUGCAAAGAAUAUUACCUGUGACCCGAGUAAAUUCUUUUGUGCAAACGGUAAAUGUAUAAGUCGUAUGUGGUCAUGCGAUGGCGAUGACGAUUGUGGCGAUAACUCUGACGAAGAUAAAAAUUACUGUUCGUAUCACUCUUGUUCACCUAAUGAAUUCCGUUGUAAUAAUGGACGUUGCAUAUUUAAGUCCUGGAAAUGCGAUCACGAAAAUGAUUGUAAAGACGGAUCAGACGAAGAAGGCUGUGUGUACCCACCUUGUGCCGACGGAGAGUUUACAUGUCUAAAUUCGCGUUGCAUUCCUAAAACGCAAGUCUGUAAUGGUAUUAAUGAUUGUAAAGAUAACAUAACAUCCGACGAAACACACGAGAGAUGCCCAAGGAAUACGACUUGCCCAGCUAAUCACCUCAAAUGCGAGAAAACAAAUAUCUGUGUCGAACCGUACUGGCUUUGUGAUGGCGACAAUGACUGCGGUGAUAAUUCUGAUGAAGAUCCGCUACAUUGUGCUCAAAGAACUUGUCCACAAAAUAGCUUCCGUUGUCCCAAUCAUAGAUGUAUACCAGCCACUUGGUACUGUGAUGGCGACGAUGAUUGUGGUGAUGGCGCCGAUGAGCCUCCGGAGUAUUGUCGCUCAGAAGGAAGAACUUGUUUUGGCGAUUUGUUUACCUGCGAUAAUGGAAACUGUAUACCAAGAAUUUAUAUAUGUGAUGGUGAUAAUGACUGUUUAGACAAUAGUGAUGAAGAUGACAGGCAUCAGUGCAAUGAAAGAAAAUGUGAUGCUGAAACAGAAUUCACUUGUGAAGAGAACAAAUUCUGGGGUAGAGCACAGUGUAUUCCUAAGAAAUGGCUGUGUGACGGAGAUCCAGACUGUAUAGAUGGUACGGAUGAAAAUUCAACUAUUCAUCAUUGCUCUACACCUACUCCUUGUUCUGAAGAUCAAUUCCAAUGCAAUAAUGGGCGGUGUAUUAAUGAAGGCUGGGUUUGUGAUCACGAUAAUGACUGUGGAGAUGGGUCCGACGAAGGGAAACAAUGUAAUACGCAAUACAAAACAUGUUCUGAUCAAGAAUUUAGGUGUCAGAACUUCAAGUGUAUCAGAAAUCACUUCAGAUGUGAUGGAGAAGACGAUUGUGGAGAUCAUUCUGAUGAAGUAGGAUGUGUGAAAGAAAAUAAGACUUGCCCAGCGGGACAAUUCAAAUGUAACAACGAUCAGUGUAUAGACAAUAGACUCGUUUGUAAUAAAGUGUCGGAUUGCUCUGAUGAUUCCGACGAACCUGCUCAUUGUAAUGUCGAUGAAUGUGCCAAGUUAGAAAUUCACCAGUGCGGUCACAAAUGUAUAGACACAUUAACAGGGUAUUAUUGCGAUUGUAAUCAAGGGUAUAAACUAUUAGGUGAUGGUAAAGCUUGUGCUGAUAUAGACGAGUGUCUCGAAACACCGGGCGUUUGUUCGCAAUAUUGUUCAAAUACUCCAGGGUCCUACUAUUGUAAAUGUAACGAUCAAUACUACGAAAGAGAAGCAGAUGAACACACGUGUAAAAGAAAAGAUAAUACCACAGCGUGGAUUAUAUUCACGAAUAAAUAUUAUGUGAGAAAUAUGUCCACGGAUGCUUCUUUAUAUAAUCUCGUUCACCAAGAUCUUAUGAAUGUUGUUGCUAUAGAUUUUGAUAUAAGGGAAAACAAAAUGUAUUUUGCAGAUGUGUCUGCAAAAACAAUAUAUCGAUCCGAUUAUUCUGAUCCGAACCCAACUAAGGAAGUAGUAGUCCGACAUGACUCUCAUGGUUUAGAGGGUAUUGCAAUUGAUUGGAUCGGAAGAAAGAUUUACUGGCUUGAUCGACACUCGAAGAAUUUAGAUGUAGCUGAAUUAGAUGGCACUAGGCGGAAAACGCUCAAAACAGGAAUUGCUGACCCGCGAGCAAUUGUCGUUCAUCCAGGCACCGGUUACUUAUACUAUACAUCUUGGCACCUACAGGCGUAUAUUGGUAAAAUUGGCAUGGACGGUUCCAACUUCACAACCAUUUUGAACUGGGAAGACGAUAUCGCAUGGCCUAAUGCUCUAACUAUUGAUUAUUUCACGGAUAGAAUCUAUUGGGCAGAUGCUCAUUUGGACUAUAUCGGAUCAGCUGAUUUGGAAGGAAGACACCGUCAUAUUGUAUUAUCAGGUACUAAGGUUCCGCAUGUUUUUGCUCUUAGUCUCUUCGAUGACGAAAUUUAUUGGACUGAUUGGAAUCUUAAAGCCAUUAGUAAAGCGAAUAAACAUUCCGGUGAAAAUUUAAAAACACUAAGAAAUACGACACAUCGUCCUUAUGACAUUCACGUUGUCCAUCCAUUAAGGCAAUUAUCAUAUAAUAAUCCUUGCGGAAAUAACAACGGAGGGUGCUCCCAUCUUUGCCUCAUUGCCCCUCCACAUGAAUCCAGUUACUUAAAUAUUGAGGGUUACGGCGAAGAAGGUGAGACGUCGUACAAGUGUGCAUGUCCGAACCAAUUUUAUUUAGCACGAGACAUGAAAACAUGUAUUGCCAACUGUACCGAUGGGCAACACAGAUGCAAUGGGCGUGACGAAAAGUGCAUUCCUUGGUUCUGGAAAUGCGACGGUGAAAAGGAUUGUAUGGAUGGAUCAGACGAACCUGACACUUGUCCUGUUAGGCACUGCAGAGCUGGUUCCUUCCAAUGUAAGAACACGAACUGCACUCCGGCGGCAACCAUUUGUGACGGAACAGAUGAUUGUGGCGAUGGAAGUGACGAGGCACAGUGCGCUCAUGAAUGUCCUCUGCUCGAAUUCAAGUGUAAAGCUAGUGGUAGAUGUAUUUUAGACAGCUGGAAAUGCGAUGGCGAUACAGACUGUAAAGACAACAGUGAUGAAGACCCGGCGAUGUGUCACAAUAGACCGUGUAACCCGGAUUCAGAAUUUUCUUGUAAGAACGGUCGAUGCAUACCUAAGCUAUGGAUGUGCGACUUCGACAAUGACUGUGGUGAUGAUUCAGAUGAACCUGCUUACAUGUGCCGACAGAAGAAUUGUACAAACGGAUGGAGACGUUGUCCAGGGCAGUCAAACUAUAGAUGUAUUCCUAAAUGGUUAUUCUGUGAUGGUAAAGAUGACUGCAGAGAUGGUUCCGAUGAGUUACCAGAAAAUUGUCCUUCCUGUAAUAGUGAAACUGAUUUCACGUGCCAGAAUAAGCGUUGUAUUCCUAAACAGUGGCUCUGCGACUUUACCGAUGACUGCGGAGAUGGAAGCGACGAAGCGGAAUCUGUUUGCCAGCAUAAAUAUAGAGAUUGCUCUGAAUCUGAAUUUAAAUGUGGAAACGGCAAAUGUAUCUCAUCAAGAUGGCGCUGUGACCACGAGGACGAUUGUGGUGAUAAUACUGAUGAAAUGGAUUGCGGUGGAUUCAAAUGCAAAAAUGGAACGUUCCAAUGUAAAUCGGGACACUGUAUCGCGGCGUACUUCAGGUGCGACGGCGACAGGGAUUGUAGGGAUUUGUCCGAUGAAAUCGGAUGUCCUCCGCGUUUCCCAGGCGGCAGAUACUGCCCGGAAAGCAGAUUCCAGUGCGGUAACAACUUGUGCGUCUCUCAAUCGGAUCUAUGCGACGGAACGGACGACUGCGGCGAUGGGUCCGACGAGGCCCCAUCCAUCUGUACCAAUUUCAACUGCGAUACACUUCGACGAUUCCAUUGCGACAAUCAUCGCUGCGUACCCAGGUACCAAGUGUGCGACGGCGUGGACAACUGCGGCGACGGCUCGGACGAGAACAACAUGACGCUGUGCGCCGUGCGUGCGCGCCCGUGCGAGCCGCUCACGCAGUUCCAGUGCGCCAACCGCCACUGCGCGGCGCGCACGCAGCUGUGCGACCUGGCCGACGACUGCGGCGACGGCUCCGACGAGCUGGGCUGCCACCACGCGCACACCUGCUCCGCCACGGACAAGGGGGGUUGCGAGCACUUCUGCACGAACCUGACGUCGACCGCCGUGGGUGCUGCGGGCGCGGCCGGCGGGUACAUCUGCACGUGCUUCCAGGGCUGGAUCAUCUCCCGCGCCGACAGCAAGCGCUGCGAGGACGUGGACGAGUGCGCGACGGGCGCGCACCACUGCGCACAUCUGUGCACCAACCUCAACGGCAGCUACAGCUGUGGCUGUCGGGAGGGCUUCCAAUUGGCAGACAGCUUGUCCGGUAUAUGCAAAGCCAUGAAAGACGAUGUAGUUCUCAUGUUUGCCAACGGCCCGGAGAUUCGUGCGUUCGUGCAAGACAAAAAUGAACAAUUCGAUGUCAUAACGUCCGAAAAGCGAAUCGAAGCGAUAGACUACGAUCCCAAACAGGAGAUGGUAUUCUGGGCAGACAGCUACGAUAAGACCAUUAAACGUUCGUACAUGAUCAACGCUCUGAACGGACAAGUCAAGAGCGGAUUCGCCCAAGACUUGAAAAUGAAAGGCAAUUCGAAACCCACCGCUAUCGCCCUGGAUUAUAUCGGAGAUAAUAUUUACUGGACCGAAACCGACAGGACCGGAUCCAAACCCAGGGGACGCGUCAUGGUGGCCCGGACGGACGGCAGAUAUCGAAGAGCACUAGUAUCUGCCGGAAUUGAAAGCCCGACUUCGCUCGUUCUCGAUCCGCAAUCGGGCAAGAUGUACUGGGCGGACGCGGGGUCCGCGCCCAAGAUCGAAAUCGCCUGGAUGGACGGCUCGAAGAGACGACCUCUGAUCACAGAGAACAUCAGACAUCCGACCGGACUCGCAAUCGAUAACGCCAUGGACCACACGAUUUACUGGGCCGACACCAAACUCAACACGAUCGAAAUGAUGAAGCACGACGGCUCCAACAGGAGAGUGAUACUGAAGGGCGACUUCCUGAAGCAUCCCCUGUCGCUCGACGUUUUCGAAUCGUCACUGUACUGGGUCACGAGGGACACGGGCGAACUCGUCAGGCAGGACAAGUUCGGGAGGGGGGUGCCAUUCGUCAUUUCCAAGGACCUAGUCAACCCGUCGUCCGUGAAAGUGUACCACCCGCUGCGCUACAACGCGUCGCGCGGCGGCUGCGCGCGCUCCCCCUGCUCGCACCUGUGCCUGGCGGUGCCGGCCGGCCGCCGCUGCGCCUGCCCCGACGCGCUCACGCCGCCCAAGCGCGCCACGCACGAGCUGGCCUGCGACGCCCCGGUGGAGCCGACGCGGCCGCUGCCGCGCGUGUGCCCGUGCGAGAACGGCGGCACGUGCGCGGCGGGCGCGGCGGGCGCGCUGGAGUGCGUGUGCCGCGCGCCGCUGCAGCCGCCGCUGUGCGCCGGCGCCGCCGCCAGCACGGCGCCGCGCGCGCCCGCCGCCGCCGCCGUGCUCGUGCCCGUGCUGCUGCUGCUGGUGCUGGCGCUGCUCGCCGGCGCCGCCUGGUUCUUCAUCAGGAAGAGGCCCUUCGGCAAGGGCGGCGGGCUCGGCAGCCUGGCGUCGUCGCAGAGCGUGUCGUUCCGCGCGGGCUCCAACGUGGAGUUCGGCGCGGCGGGCGCGGCGACGCCGGCGGCCGACGCGUACGCGCUGGGCGAGCCGGCGCGCAAGGGGCGCGACUUCAGCAACCCCAUGUACGAGGCCGUCACGCGCGCCGCCGCCGCCGGGGAGCCCGAGCCGCCGCUGCCCGGCAUCUACGAGGUGCCCGAGGAGCUGAAGGAGAAGGUGGUGUCGGCGGUGAUCUCGCCGUCGUCGACGGAGACGCGCAGCACGAAGCGCACGCGCGCGCUGGACCCGGCGGCCGACACGGGCGUGGACACGCAGCAGCUGGUGCGGGAGGACCGCGACUGCUAGCACGAGCCCUCCCUAUCGGACGAGAAGUCGGCAUAUCGAAUUUUAGCGAGUCCCCCCCGUAUUCCGGAGCAUCCGUCGCCGGGCCCCUGACGGCGGUCGCGGCCGGGGUGUCCGGGUGCCUCCAUCGAGGCGGCCCCUCGCUAUACAUAUUGAACAUGCGAGACAUUCUGCAGUGGCACGCCGUAUGAUGUCGUGAACUCGGAAUAGGGACUCCUACAAAAUGGAUGAUAAUUUUAUACCAAACACUAUCGAUCUAUAUAAUUUGAUUACUACUUUUAUACUCGUGAACUGUCUGAGACUAAAUAUAUUAAUGAAUACUUUUCGAAAGAAAUAAUUUGCUUAGAAAAAAUAUUAGUCGAUAACGCUGAGUUUCGACUCAGUUUCGAUUGUUUUCUUGAACGAUGUUAUUUGUUUUAUAUUUUAUGUUAUAUAAAUAUUCUAUAUUUUCCUGUUAUACCGUUCGUACUAACUUCUCUCCGGCCGUACUUAUGUGUCAAUAUCUUUCUUUUAUUGUUCGUCGUCGAUCGAAAUCAUAUCAUAGCGUGAUAUAAUGUCGUUAGAUAUAUGUAUAUUAUGAGAAUUUAUUAUAGAUUAGAUUAUGUCUCGUUUUGCAGGGCCAAUAACCGGAAUGCCCAAUGAUACAUUCCUGAAACGAGUGUAAAGAUUUAGUACAUAAUGUAAGUAGUAGGAAUUGCGCCAGCGGCCGCUCUUUCAUAGGGUUUAGGUUCAUUUGACAAUAAGCGACGUAACUAUUUAGAGAAUAAUUUAUUUAUUUCGUUAUAAGACUAUGUAAAAUAUAGCUAUGUUGUGUUUUAUAAUUGUCUAUUAAAUGAUAAAAUUUUUAGAUUUCUUUGUGGUAUUGACGAUUUGCCAUAAAAUGUGAGAUGAUAUUUCUGUUGUUUAAUGUUAAAAUAAUUAUCGUCAAUUUAUUUGUUAUGAAAUACUUUAUCCAAUGUAAAUAUGUGCUUUCAAAUAUGUGAUGUACAUUUUUAAAUAAAAAAUAAAAAAAUCUAAUGAUAAUAUACUGGAACCUGUCAUAAUCUGUCAUAAAUUGUCUCAAAUUGUAAGGUUCAAACUUUGACUGCUUUAUUUAAAAAAAAUAUAUGAAUUUCAGAGAGAUGAAAAUUUAAAUAGGUUAGUGUAUAGUGAAGUGUGAGUACUUGUAAACAUCACAGUAAUUUUUAUAUUAUUACAAAUAUGACCAGAAGCACAUUAAGAGGAUUAAAUAGGUAUACAUUUGUAAAAAGUAUAAUAAAACUGUCAAUAUAAUAAGUAAGAAGAUGAAAUAUUUUUGUAUUGGGAUUAUAAUUAUUAGUUGUUUGACAUUAGUCGAGAAUAUUGUGUAAAAAUAAAUUAAUUAUGAAAUUUA